CACACUGGACCCCGUUUCAUUACGGAAUGUUUUUGUUGAUGCACUUGGAAGAGUGAAUAGAUUCAGCGGUACUGGUGUGGUUUAACGCGUAAUUGGCGACUAAUGCAGAGAAAUAUUAGCCCUGAAAACUGUUUGUAAAGCCCGCCAGUCUCCUGUGCCAUCGUUCUAGUUUAAAAUGGCUGACUGGAGUCCGAUAGCGAAGGUGUACGACCCGCUGAAAGCUGGUAGCAUCGACGGCACAGACGUGGAACCCCAUGAUCGAGCGGUCUGGAGGGCCAUGGGUGCCCGGUACAAGCCCAACAAAGGCGUCGUUGGAGACCCACUGCUCACGCUUUUUGUGUCCCGCUUGAACCCACAGACCACCGAAGAUAAACUACACAAAGUGUUCUCUAAGUACGGAGACAUCCAGCGGCUCCGGCUGGUCCGGGACAUUGUCACGGGUUUCUCCAAAGGAUAUGCCUUCAUUGAGUACAAAGAGGAGCGAUCUGUGGUCCGGGCCCGCCGGGACGCCAACAAGCUGGUGGUCGACCAGCAUGAAGUGUUCGUGGAUUUUGAGCAAGAGAGGACUCUUAAAGGAUGGGUGCCGCGGCGGCUCGGCGGCGGGCUUGGAGGGAAAAAGGAAUCCGGACAGCUGCGGUUCGGCGGCAGGGACAGGCCUUUCCGUAAACCCAUCAAUCUCGGGGUAGACCCGGUGCAGGAACGAGGUGGUGGUGGUGGAGGGAGGGAGUGGGACAGACCAAGCGGGAGAGCCAGAGACGAUCGGGACCGACACAGAACAGCAGAGUGGGGCAACAGAGGAAGGAGAGAUGACCGGGACAGAGGCCGAGAGUGGGAUGACCGCAGGCACGGAGACAGGAGCAGGCACCGGGACCGGAGAUGAAGCAUGUGGCUGCACUUCAGCUUUCAAAGGAGGACAGUGAAUGAGUGUGUGACUUGGAUAACUGUUUGUGUGAAAGGUUACUUUUUUGUAUGCUGAUAUUCUUCAGAUUGUACUGUAUGGUAAUCAGGACUCUGCCUGUGGCUGUCAUAUUCAGUUCUUCUCAGGGAAGUCUCAGGAAUGACAAAGUAGGGUUGUUGUGUUUUGUUGGGGUUUUUUUUUUUUACAAGUCUUUAUUCUAGCGAAAAAAUUACAAUACGGGUGGUGUCCAGCCAAAUGAGACUUACAUCCAUCAUGUCAAACAUGAGCGCCAGCAGCCAGAAUCACUGCUUAAGAGUCCAAUUGGAUUGCUUUGGGAAAUCGGAACUGUACUUUUAUACAGUUAUCAUAAAUAUUAUUACCCCACAUAUACAAUUCAAAUUUUAUUUCUUGCAAUUUAAGUCUCAACAGACUUUUUUCCCCAUUUACUACAGAAUGUUGUUUAUCAUUUAGAUAAACUGAGACAAACAAAACUGCAUUUCUUUUUCUGAUAUUAAGAUAUUCCAGGGAUUAAAUGCAUAGUUAAACUUCUUUUCACUGACAGAAAGGGAAGUUUCGCUGGUCCGGCCCACUCAAGGUCAAAGGCUAUAUGUGACUCACAAUGUAAAAUGAGUUUGCAGUUUUGUUUUGUUUUUAAAAAAGCAUAAGUUUAAGAGCACAUUGUCAGCCCCAUUUAUUUUUAAAAAAUGUAAAUCAGAUUAUAUCAUAAACAAUAAAAUUCGUCAUUGUUUUGAAAUCUAA